AUGGUCCCCACCCUAUGGCUCCCCAUCUCCUCCAUAUUCCCGGGCCCAACUGUAUCGGGCCUCCUCUCCCUCACGGGCCUCGACUGCAUUUUCAACCUCGGCGCCUCCCUUUUCCUCCUCAUGGCUGACUCAGCAGCCCGCGCGGGCCCCGACGAGAGCUCCAAAGCCUGCAAAACCGGGCCUCCUCUCGACUACCGGGUUUUCAACGUGCUUGCGAAUAUAACGGGAUUCGUUGUCCCACUUUUGGCGUACCUAGGCUCGGAAAACGGGCUCGGGCUGCUGCAGCCGAGAAUGGGCUUCGUCCCGUUCGCGGUCCUGUUGGGCCCGUACCUCCUGCUGCUGACGGUGCAGAUGCUGACGGAGAUGCUGACGUGGCAGUGGGGGUCCCCUGUGUGGCUGGUGGCUCCACUGGUGUACGAGGGGUACCGUUUGCUGCAGCUGAUGAGGGGGCUUGGGCUCGGGCAAGAGAUGGGUGUGCCAGCCUGGACGGUGCAUGUGGUGAGAGGGUUGGUUUGCGGAUGGGUGCUCGUUUUUGGGGUGCAGCUGAUGAGGGUGGCUUGGUAUGCCGGAUUUACUGCUUCUGGUUACCGAAGACUGCAGGAAUUCGAGGUUUCGGGAGAUGGGUGA